AUGAUGCAACUCGUACUAAAUCUUCUAUGGAAAAGUCGCCUCGAACCUCCCCCGUCUAGUCAACAUAUCUUGAGCGGAGCCCAAAACACUACGAUAGGACAGGCGGUGUUCAAUAACGUUGCCGGCGACCAAGUUCAAAAUCACAACCAUAAUCACAACCACUAUUUCACCCACCUGCUUUGGGAAGCAAUUGCAGACGUUGGUGCCUCUCAUAAUUCGGAACAACAGGUUGACCGCGGCCAGUGUCUUCCUGGAACUCGUGUAGCAGUUCUCAAACUUAUUCGACAGUGGAGAGUCACUGAAUGCGAGACUUCACCAGUAUGUUGGCUUUCUGGCACUGCAGGCGUAGGGAAGUCGUCCAUUGCGUUGACUGUUGCCGAAGAAUGCGAGAAGGAUGGACGCAAUGUCGCCUCGUUUUUCUUUUUCAGGUCAGACGCAAAGCGGAACAACCCUUCCUCCCUCAUUCUAUCUAUCGCACACGGUCUUGUAUUAGCGAGACCCCAUCUAAAAUCAUUUGUGGAGCAGAGAAUUGCCGCCGACCCCCGAAUCCUCAAGGCUAGAUUGGAAGAUCAAUAUGAGAAGCUGAUUCUGCAGAAUCUAGAUCAUCCUCCCCCUUCAUAUGAUCAAAAGAUGCCCGACCUGGUCAUUAUCGAUGGUCUCGAUGAAUGUGGUGAUGCUGCUAUGCAGCGCCGUGUCCUCUCCCUCAUAUUCUCCACAUAUCAACAAACUUUCCAUUGCCCUUUGCGGUUCCUGAUAUGCAGCCGCCCCGAAGCCUGGAUCCAAGAAGAAUUCAGUUGGUUCAGUGGACUGACUAAACAUAUUGAACUAGAUGAUUCGUUCCUCCCCCACUAUGACAUCCAACUGUACCUCAAUCAUCAGUUCCAGGAGAUCCGCAGAGACCCCAAAUAUUCACAGAUCGUAUUCCCAGACCCAUGGCCGUCUCCCGAAAUUGUUUGGUUGUUGGUUGAGCGAGCUGACGGCCAAUUCAUUUAUCCGUCGACUGUGAUAAAGUUUAUCAAGAUGGAGUACACACUUCCAACCGACCAGCUUCGCAUCCUUCUCGAUACUAUAUCCAAUCUAUCCUCUGUAUCCUCGACACAUUCACCCUUCAAUGAUCUCGACAAGCUCUAUCUCAUGGUACUACGUGCCAAUCCCGACCGUGACCAGCUUCUGCUCCACAUCCUCGAAAUGAUCGUCGUAACUCCAGCCUGGGAUGAUUAUAUUGGCAGAUCUCCAGAAUUCAUUGAAGUCGUUCUCGGACUGCCUCCUGGCACGGUUAGCCAGACGUUACGUGCGAUGCACUCAGUCCUCGAUGUCCGCGAUCGAGAAGAUGACAUCAAGAUUUAUCACAAAUCCUUCACCGAUUUCCUCCUUGAUCAGACACGGUCGAGGGAGUUCUUUAUCAACCAGUCCGAGUGGGAGGACUUUCUGGCCUGUCGGUGGACUAGGUCCCUAACUGAGCAGUGCAGAAAAAACCCUGGGCUGUUAAGCCGUCACAGAUAUUUAUCUCAUUCUUUAUGGAUGUUGGUAAACCACUGGAAUAGGUGCCUUGACCGAGUGGAUGGCCGUAUGAGCAGUGCGCUGACGUCGGAGCUGGAUGCUUUCUACCACGUGGCUCUGUCCAUUUCCGCGGAGUUAGUGGGCCGCGACAUGCUUCUUCACAUACUUGCGACAUUCCUACAACCAGGUUCUCACUCACAAUCUCCCAAGUUCUUGCAAGUCUUGCUUGGACUUCGUUCAGAAGUGUUAGAUCAGGCAUUGGUACCAAUGGACACAUUUAUUUCCGAUCUGGAUUAUCCGCCGUUUGACCAAAUUCAGAUCAGGAAUACCCAUACCACGCUCCGAGAUUUCCUUCUUGACCGUUCUCGGUCAAGGAGAUUUUUCAUUGACAAAGGUUCUCAGAGUAACUUCCUUGCGCUGCGAUACCUCUUUCUGUUGCAGAUGAAUGAUAGCGUGGUUCACGUUGAGAGUGUGUCGCCGGCGUCGAUGAAGUUCACCGAAUGGGCUGGCAUCUGCACCAACAUCGACAAUCCUACCGAGGAAUUGUUGUUUGAACUUAACCGUAUGGGUUUAGGGGUCGUCCUUGCAAAAUAUUUUAAUCUUGGUGCGUAUAACCUGUUCCGUGACUUUGAAACUAUCUCAACCUGGCUAGAAUCUAAAACCAACGGCAUAACCCCGCUCAAUCUUAUUGUUCGUUUCAGAAACGUCCAAAGAGGAUUUCACAUUCGAAGCACGAGACAGGAUGUUGAUUCAGGGCGCCACCACAACGUCAUCACCAUGAUCAUCCUUUCCAUUGUCAAAUGGGCCUCUCCCGCUCAGUCCACUCGACGGGUAUGUGCCUCAUUGAUAAUGAGAGAUUAUGUGGACUACUGGUCCAAGAGUUUCCGUGCAUCGGUCAAUAUCGAAUUGCACUCAGCCGAGUUUUGCGGGUGCUCGGGGCACGCAUUUAAUUCUGACUGCGUUUCAACCCCGAUUCCUGAUAAAAAAGAUUUGUAUCACAUCAGUAUCCCAGCUGGUUGCGCUCAAAUUUUCAAAGCAUUUGUAGCCGGUUUGGAGGCACACAAAACUCGAAGAUUCACCCACGAGGAGUACUGCAGUCUCACUUACAAGCUACUGGUGGAGUGUCCGAGUCUACUGACACGAUGCCUUCCACUACCUGAACUCCUUCCCCACUUUCGGACGCUGUUGGAUGUGGCUAAGACAUUGGAACUCGGAGGCGUCCAUUAUUACCACAGGAUAAGCCUGAGGUCUGGUGGGAGUCGCUCAGUCCGGUCAGGGGAGUCGCGAAGCAAGCUGCUAUCAUGGUUUGAGAACUUCCCUGCCGAUUGCGCCGACGAAGUUGAAACUGUUAAGAACAAACUCCUGUCCCUAAUGCCACUCCAUAAAUGA